AUGUUCUUGAAAGCUUUGAUUUCAUUACUGAUAUUCGCCUUGGGGGCAGCCCGCCACCCUGAGGCUCCAGUGGCGAGAGGAAACACACCUCCCAUUAACCCUGCUGAAUAUACAGCGGAGUACUGGAUUAAUGAAGCCCAGUCUGGGAUAAAGAAACGCAGUCAACAUGAUCCAGACCAGAAUGUUGCUCGCAACCUCAUCAUGUUUAUGGGCGACGGUAUGUCCAUACCUACCAUGUCUGCUGCACGAACUUUGAAGGGGCAAAGGGCAGGUAACACUGGCGAAGAAGAGGAACUGUUCUUCGAAGGUUUCCUGGGUGUUGGUUUGGUCAAGACAUAUUGCGUGGAUCACCAAGUCGCUGACUCUACUUGCACGGCGACCGCUUACCUCUGUGGCGUGAAGAACAACUACGGCACCGUUGGAGUGACAGCAGCCGUCAGUAGACAUGACUGCGAAGCCUCGCUUCUUGAGGCUAAUAGAGUACAGUCCAUCGCUGAGUGGGCCCUAGCCGCCGGCAGGGAUGUGGGCAUAGUGACGACCACGCGAGUGACGCAUGCUUCUCCUUCUGGAGCCUACGCUAAAAGCUCUAAUAGGCAUUGGGAAAAUGAUGCUGAAGUCUUGUCGGAUUCUGAAGAUCCAGACAAAUGUGUCGACAUUGCGAGACAACUAGUACAAAUGAACCCUGGGAAACAGUUCAAGGUAAUCCUGGGUGGAGGAAGACGCGAAUUCUUACCAAAUUCAACUAUAGAUGAAGAGGGCCAUGUAGGAACAAGAUCCGAUGGCCGCAAUCUCAUCGAAGAAUGGCAGCAGGACAAGACUAAUCGUGAUUUUUCUCACUCGUAUGUGUGGAACAGAGAUCAACUGAUGAACCAUUUUGACUCUCCACCUGAAUAUUUGUUAGGUCUCUUCGAGGAUACACAUAUGCAGUACCACUUGGAAGCAAAUGCAACCACAGAGCCUACUCUCGAGGAGAUGACAGAAAUAGCAAUCAAGAUGUUGAGCCGUAAUGAGAAAGGAUUCUUCUUGUUUGUAGAAGGCGGUCGCAUUGACCAGGCUCAUCAUGCCAAUUAUGUGUAUCUUGCUUUAGAUGAAACACUUGAGUUUGAAAAAGCCGUUAUAAAGGCUUCGGAGAUGCUGCCUCAAGAUGAUACCUUGACAGUUGUAACAGCUGAUCAUUCUCAUGUAGUGGCGUUCAAUGGAUACACCGCUCGUGGAAGUUCCAUUGUGGGCUUAUCUGAUCAACCCGACAGCCACGGAAUGCCCUUCAUGACUAUGUCCUACACGAAUGGUCCUGGUGCUCGUGGUACACAAGGCAAUGGUAUCAGAGACGAUAUCAGAGAAGAAACUGAUUUUGGUCAGCUAAGAUGGCGUUCCCACGCCGACGUGCUUCUCUAUGAAGAGACUCACGGCGGGGACGACGUGGCGGUGUUCGCGCGCGGGCCGCACUUCCGCAUGUUCGCGGGGCUGUACGAGCAGAGCCAGAUCCCGCACGUCAUGGCCUAUGCCAGCUGUAUCGGCCCCGGCCUCCACGCACCCGGCUGCAACGCUGCCACCACCAUACAUGUCACAGCUCUUUUAUUUGCUUUCGCUUCUCUUGCCAAAAUUAUAUUAACUAAUAUGAUAUUAUAAAUCCAUAACUGUCAGUAUUGAACUCAGUUGCUGUACCUAAGAUUUUUUUAUUGAUGUACCUAUAUUUUAAAUAUUAUUUAUAUUACUGUGAUAACAAACAGUAAUAAUAAAAAAAUCAUCUCAAAUAUUACUUCGACCAAAAAAGGGUCAAAAUUAAAUUUUCACAUUGAACACAAAUACAAAUAAAAUUCGAAAUUAUAAGAAAAUAACGGACAACAAAGCCAACCUGAAUAUUAGGUACUCCUGUCUUGUGUCACAUACCUAGUUAAUCGGCUGAUGCCUUUCUUUUUGUAUCGCAUAUGUGUAAGCUAAAUAAUAUGUUUAUGUAAUAUAAGUAUAAAAGUAAAAAUAAACGACUUUAGAAUUUCUA